AUGAGCUCCAACGACACUGAAAGCCCCGCGCCAGCAGCGGCACCCACCAUCACAACCACUGCGGCGACUGGAUCGUCGACAUCAUCGUCCUCGUCCACCACAAAGAAAACAGGCGGCGCUCGCCUGCCCUCGCUCAACCAGCUCGCAGCUCGCAUCAACAGCAACGCCGCCGCUGCCAACGGAGGCACAGCACCCGCUCUCCAGCCUAGCACGACCUCGGCCCCACGACCACGCCUCGCAGCGUUUGCACUGCGCACGGGGUCGACAACGAGCUUGAACACCGCGGCGUCUACUACUGACUCUAUCGCGGUGAACGCCCCCAGCACACGAUCCGUGUCGCCAGCAUUCAGCAAUGCAUCUCAGCAGAGCAGCGCAACAACAGGGGCGAGUGCUGCUGGAGAUGGCGGCGGGGAGCCGCUCACCACGGAGGGGCUCGAGAAGCUGAACCAGGAGACGGCGUCGGCGGAUGGCACGGUGAAGAUCCCCAUCCCCGUCGCUGCGGAGGCGCCGAAGAAGAAGGUGGGGUACAAGAAUAUCCCCAGCUUGGAUGCGAUCACUGCGCGCCUGGCGAAGACGCGCGCGAGUCAGUUGAGUGUCGACGGCUCGACGAUGCCACCUGAGCCGGAGAUGAUUGAAGAUCCCAAGACGCCUGGUGUGCCGAUGAAAGCACCUGAGCAUCCUCUGCAGUUCCCUUGGACGAUAUAUCACGACUCAAAAGCAAAGUUCCCUUAUACGCCAGCGACAGCUGCACCAGGGCACGGCUUCAGUCAACCAGCUCCAGGGACCAACUCCUCCACCGUCCCUGUCAACGAACCCUACUCUGCCUCUCACCCACCCGAGAGUACAGAAUACGAAGCUGGUCUCACCGUCAUCGGUGAAUUUGACACCGUCGAGGAAUUCUGCCGCUACUUCAACUGGCUGAAGCCGCCCUCGAAGCUGGAGAAGAACAGCAACUAUCACAUCUUCAAGUCGGGCAUCAAGCCCAUGUGGGAGGAUCCCGCGAACGCAAAUGGCGGGAAAUGGGUUCUGACAAUGAAGAACAACCCUGCUCUUUUGGAUCGCUGUUGGAGCUGGCUUGCUAUGGCGCUUGUAGGCGAGGAGCUUGAGGAUGGAGAUGAGAUCUGCGGCGCGGUUGUAAGUUUGAGGAGCAAAGUCGAUCGGAUCCAAGUUUGGACUCGCGGAAAGGACGACGUCGACAAGCUCAAUGGAAUUGGAAAACGACUAGUCAAGCUUUUGGAUGUCAGUGAAGCCGACAACAUUGGACUUGAAUUCCAGUUCAACAGCGACGACCGACCCCCUCCGAACAAAUAUCUCUCCAUCCAGUCGGCACCUACGUCGUCGUUCCGUCCUUCAUUCCAGAGUGCGGGAUCUGGUCCACCAUCUGCCGGCGUCGGUCACGCAUCUACACGGUCUUUCGGUGGAGAUGCGUCUGGUGCCUUUGGUGGUUUCGGGACAGGGAUGGGUAUCGGUGCACAAGCGUGGAAGGCUGGUAGCAAACGUAUCUAA